AUGAAAUUAAAUACAUAAAAGUUUAUUCCAAGUUUUAAGUCAAAAUUGCCUUAACAGCAGUAAUCAAAAUAAGAAGAGUGUUCCAAAAAAAUAUAUCGUGGUCAAUCUGCUGAACAUAAAAUCAAUACAAAGACACAGUAACCCUUAUUUAUUAAAUCCAGAAUAGAAUUGAUAACAAAGCUAACACUCCAGAAAUGAUUAGGGCUUUAAAUACAAACUUUAGUCCUCCAACAAAAUAUACAGAUAUUCCCAAGACCGGUAAAUAAAACAACUAUAAUUAACCAUCUAAAAUUCAAAUUAGUAAUAGAACGUAGAAAAGUUAGUCCAUAUUUGUUGAUUUUGAUUAACCAAAGAAUAGAGUUUCUUCUUAAUUCAAAUCCCCCAAAGAAGUGACUCCAACCAAAAAGUAGCCUUAAACAAUUUUGUAAUAAUCAUAGAGAUUGACAAUUAAAAAUCAAUAUAUAACUACAUAAAAAAAGAUGAUUCAGGAAAUAUCAAAUAAGAAUUUAAAACUUAGUGAAGUAAAUAGAAUAGAUCAAAGAAUUAAAACAUAACAAAAUGAAAAGUAAAAAUAAGAAUAAAAAAUCAUUCAAAAGAUGCCUUAGAAAAAAUUGAAUCCAAAAAGGGAGAUAAUUACUAAACCAUAACUUGAUAAGAAUCCCCAAGUUAUGUCAACCAAACAAAUUCCAUCAAGAUAAUCAUUUUCUCCUUCGAGUCAACUAACAAAAACUGCAUAUAAUACAAGAGGUCACUCUCCUUCGACUCAUAUAAGUGACGUCUAAAAUGGAAAAUUGGCAGCCUUUCUAGUAAUCUUAAUCUUAUAUUAGACUGUAAUUAGGCCGAUUUUUAAAGAAGCAAAGUAUUAUUAGACUUCAGUUAUACACUUUUUGAGAGAAGAGUUUUUUCCAAAUACAUCUCCAUAUCAAGUGCAAUAUAAAAUUGAGUUUCAAGAGCAAAAAGACUAUUUUAAAACUAAAUUCUGUGAUCACUUUAAUCUAACUUACAAUUCUUUAAAACAUUGUUCUUAAGUGACUUCAAAAAAGUCUUUAACUCCAAAAUUAUUAAAUCCUCCAAAAAGGCCUCCCCUAUCAUCUGAUACAAUUAAAACUCUAGUUUUUGAUCUUGAUGAAACUUUAAUCCAUUGCAAUGAUGUCAAUGAUAAUCCUACAGAUUAUAAAACUAAUAUUCAUAUUCCAAAUGAGCCAGAAACAGAAGUAUACUAAUUUAAAUAUUCUUAGAUACGCUUUAAUAUAAGGCCACAUUGCCAAUAAAUGUUGAAGGCCCUAUCUUAAUUUUAUGAGUUGAUACUAUUCACUGCUUCAUACAAGGAGUAUGCUGAUAAGAUUUUACAAUUUAUUGAUCCAAAAGCAAAUAUCUUUUCGUAUAGAUUCUACAGAGAAAGCUGUUUAGAACUGGAAGAGGGACUUUUAGUUAAAGAUCUAAGAGUGAUUGAAGGUCGAAAGUUAGAAGUAAGCUAAUUUUUUAUUACUAGAACAUGGCAAUAAUUGAUAAUUCUGCGUAUUGUUACAUUUAUUAGUUGGAUAAUGGUAUUCCAAUUAUUCCCUUUGAAGAAAACAAAAAGGAUAAGGAGUUGAUCUUCAUGGCAGACUAUCUAAUUAAAUGUGAAAAAUAGUUAAAUUGGCUUUAGUACCAUAAGUAACACUUUCAAAACGAACUUUACCUCCAGUGUUCAUCAAUAGAAGAGUGUAUACAAAAAUUAUUAUAAACAUAAAAUUAUUGA